CUCACAGAACAAUCUGCUGGCUGUUUCGUGGACCACGGGUCCAGGUUUUCGUGUCGGGUAUGAUCUGCGGCUCGUGGCUUCCGGAUCUGACCGGCUGCCACCUAGCUCCGGAGGUAAAAUCGACUAUCGGACACUAUCUGGGCUCCGGCGAUUCGAGUGGCGCACGCGGGCGGCGGGAGCGAACAUUUUCGACGGCGACCACAGGUCGCGUCUCCAUUUUUUGUGUGGCUAUCUAUGAGGAAGCAGUGGUGGUCGCGGCGACUCGAACCCGCCAGAGAAGAAGACGAGUGCAGCCAUAUGGGAUAGGUGGAGCCGGAGCAAUCCGUGAUGGGCAUGGUGCAAACUCUAGCAUAUACAUGCAGUCACCCAGUUCUCUUCGAACAAAAAAUGGGUGCUGUAACGAGCUUGUUGGGUACAGAGUGUGGCAAUCUAUGAGGGCACAGCUGAUGGAGCCGCAAAUGGUGAUGCAGUGGUGGAAAAUGGUGCGUGCAGCCAGUUGAGUUUGAGCCGGAUCCAUCAGUGGCAGGCAUUGUCCAAGCAGUAGCAGAUGCCGGCGACGGAGAAGGUGACAAGCAGGCUCAGACAGCAAAGUGCACUAUGUAAAACCAGGAUCAAACAUCAACGGAUUUGACCAAGAGUUAAUGAAAACCAGGAUCGUGCAUUGUUAGUUCAGAAAUUGUCUGUAAAAAGGGAUGCAAUCAUGUCAUGUAAGUGACAAGAAAGGAAUCGUGCUCUGUAGUUCAAAAUUGGUUUGCUGAUAGGCUGGACUGUAACCCAGGUUGUAACCUCCCAAAUUAUGUAUUUCUAAAUAAAGAUAGAAAAUGUUCAGUUAUUUCGUAAAACUGGUUGCAGAAAAUGUCAGUGAGAAUUAGGAUUAAUUCAC